GAGUGUAGAAGUCUUGUGUCCGAGUACGGUGUGGACCUGAGGAUGUUAGCGAGUUUAGUGAGCGAGUGUUUACAGGAGUCGGACUGGAAGUACGCGUAGAUAUCCGGCAGAAAUGAGGGCUGUAAAUGUUCAUCUUUUUCUGAAGACACGCGACCCAGCAUUGGUAUAAGAGGACUCGUGAAACUUGGAGAACGUGCGCGGCAGACGCGAGGAUCUUUGCAAGUGGUCAUUUUGUAGUGGUGGAUACUUUGCCAGCUGGUUGUCUGACAUUGUGGGUUAAAAGAAAAAAAAGAGUGUGAUCAAGAACAUUUGGAGGAAUAACGUAAGAGGAUAAGCAUGCGCUGGAUCUGUGUUGUGGAUUUAUUGGCGUUUCUGCUCAUUGGCUUCCUACCUCAGGUUCGUGGGUUCGGUGACGAGGAUGAGAUGCGCUGUGAUCCAAUUCGGAUUUCCAUGUGUCAAAACUUGGGAUACAAUGUUACAAAAAUGCCCAAUCUAGUAGGGCACGAACUUCAGUCUGAUGCUGAGCUGCAGCUGACCACAUUCACCCCGUUAAUUCAGUACGGGUGCUCCAGCCAGUUGCAGUUCUUCCUCUGCUCAGUCUAUGUUCCCAUGUGUACAGAGAAGAUCAAUAUCCCAAUUGGCCCAUGUGGUAGCAUGUGCCUCUCCGUGAAAAGAAAGUGUGAGCCUGUCCUGAAGGAAUUUGGAUUUGUGUGGCCGGAGGCUUUAAACUGCAGCUUGUUUCCUCCUCAGAAUGACCACAACCAUAUGUGCAUGGAAGGACCAGGUGAUGAAGAAAUCCCUUAUCACACAAGCAAAACCUCUCUGCAGCCUCUGGAAGAGGAAUGUCAGACUAUGGGGGUCAGUUCAGACCAGUACAUCUUGGUCAAAAGGAGCCAAAAGUGUGUCUUAAAGUGUGGGUAUGAUGCAGGCCUAUACAGCAGAUCUGCCAAAGAAUUCACAGAUAUUUGGAUGGCUGUGUGGGCUGUUCUAUGUUUUGUAUCAACCUCGUUUACUGUUUUGACCUUCCUUAUUGAUUCAUCCAGAUUCUCAUACCCGGAAAGACCCAUCAUUUUUCUUAGCAUGUGUUAUAAUAUUUAUAGCAUUGCUUAUAUUGUGAGAUUGACCGUGGGCAGAGAGAGGAUAUCUUGUGACUUUGAAGAGGCGUCUGAGCCAGUGCUUAUCCAGGAGGGGCUUAAGAACACCAGCUGCGCCAUUGUCUUCCUUCUCAUGUAUUUCUUUGGGAUGGCUAGCUCCAUCUGGUGGGUAAUCCUGACAUUAACCUGGUUUCUAGCUGCAGGUCUUAAAUGGGGACAUGAAGCUAUAGAGAUGCACAGCUCUUAUUUCCACAUUGCUGCCUGGGCAAUCCCAGCAGUGAAAACCAUAGUGAUUUUAAUUAUGCGGCUUGUGGACACUGAUGAGCUAACGGGACUGUGCUAUGUCGGGAGUCAACACAUUGAUGCACUUACUGGUUUUGUGGUGGCCCCUUUGUUUACUUAUUUGGUGAUUGGGACUUUGUUCAUAGCUGCUGGUUUGGUAGCAUUGUUUAAAAUCCGAUCCAACCUUCAAAAGGAUGGUGCUAAGACUGACAAACUGGAAAGACUAAUGGUAAAAAUUGGUGUAUUUUCAGUUUUAUACACUGUCCCAGCAACAUGUGUCAUUGCGUGUUACUUUUAUGAAAUCUCUAAUUGGACUGUCUUUCGCUACUCUGCUGAGGACUCAAACAUGGCUGUGGAAAUGUUAAAGAUUUUCAUGUCUCUUUUGGUUGGCAUUACAUCAGGAAUGUGGAUUUGGUCAGCCAAGACUUUACACACAUGGCAAAAGUGUUCAAACCGGUUGGUGAGUUCUGGAAGGACGAAACGAGAAAAAAGGACAGAAAAUUGGACAAAGCAAGGCAAGGGCAAUGAAACUGUGGUAUAAAUCCAAACUAUAUCUGUUAACUUUUGGUUUUGAUCUUUUUCCAGUGCUGAGCCAACCUAUUAUAAACUAGUUACAGGUUGGCACAAAUGUCCAAAUGCUUACCACAAGGCGAUGCGUUGUAGGUGGGGAAAACCAUUUGAAAACAAUUGCUUUUAAAAAGACACUGUUGGUCCUUGUUGCACAUUGCCUUACCAGCCACAAUUGGCAAUACUAAGGUCAGAGAUGUUUUAUACUUUUUGUAUUUUAACAGUAACUAGUGUGGCUUGCUACAGCAUCAAACACUGUAUAAUCCAUGAACUGGCAGUUGCAUAAUCUGGGUUUCAAGCUAUGGGUAACGUAUUUCAUAGCAGAUUUUUGCUUUUCUUUUCAAGUUUUUAUUUUAAAAUACACUGGACAAUGAGACUGUGUAAACUGAGCGUAUAUAUCACAGUAUGAAACACUGAAAGAGGAUUUAUUAAUGAACUUUGUGAGCCUCAUAAUAUUAUUCAAUUUAAAUGUUCGUCUUAUUCUGUAGAUAAACCAAAAAACAUUUAAAAUGAAUGCAUUCAAAAGUGUUCAGCACAAUUUUGUAGCCUGGUCAACCUAUGACACACUGGGUAUUUUUACAGUAGCAAAGUAUUCAGACAAUCCAAAGGUAAGGUUUUGUGCAGGAGAUGCCUCUGAAAUAUUCAUUCCAUUCCAUUGCAGGUUUGUAAGAUGUUAGAUGAUUUUUAACCUUUUAAAACCAACACUUCAUACUUCAUUUAUAUUUGCUGGGGAUAGAUUUUUCAUCAUCUUAGAUAGUGCCUUCCCCUCAAAAAGGGAUCCUUGAACCAUGUGUUCCUUCUAUAUGAGAAGCUAUAAUUAUAUAAUUUCUAUUCGUCAUUUUUGUUGUGUUUAUAAAUUAUAUUGCAAACCCACAAUUGCAGGCUUUUAUCAUUUCUAUGAUUUGAUUAUCAUGAGUGUUUCUACUGGCAUGACUUUUGGCUUUGACUUUGUUACUACUUUUGUUUUCCCAAAAGUGACUUAUUCAGCUAUAAAUACAUUUCUUGGUAAGAUCUCCCAAAGUGUGUGUGUAUAUAUAAAAUACAAAACACAUUUUUGUUCCUUAAAUAUUGUACAGGGAGAUAGUUUUAUUACUACAUGUGUAAUUUUUGGGAUGUAUUUAUAUGUAGAAGAAGAAAUACUAUAUUUUCAAAAUUCUCAAAUAGAUCUCCAACAUUUAUAAUGAAGUACUUCCAUUACGUAGCCCUUUCCUUGGGUGCUUCAGACAACUCUGUUGCAGUUAUAAGCAUUGACACAAAUAUGUGUAGAAGGUAUAGUUUUCAUUAUGACAUGUCACGUGUAUGUCCCACUGAUGAACCAUACAUUUUAUUUUGGUUAUGUGGGUGUUUUUGUGAAAUAUAUAUACAUAUCCCAUGCAUUAAGUGUAAGAAAUUUUUUUUAAGCUUCAUCUUUGCCACUUGAACUACCUACAUCUGUCUCCAUGUCACUUCAGCCCACUUGUUUCUAUGAUGUUGUAUUUUUAAUGGGCUUUUUAAAUAAUAAACAUGUUGGAGAGUUUUUAUCAGAUUCAAAAAUAGUUAUUUUUAUAAACCCAGUCACCAUCAAUACAUUUUUUUUUUAUUUGUUACUUAAAAAUAAAUCACUGUUACCCAAAUUAAAAUUUAGCUUUUAUGCAGGUUUUGUGAAGGGAAUAAUACACACUCUCUCACAUGCAGAGGUGUGUGUGUGUGAUAUCACAUAUAUAUGCAUGUAUGCGUGUAUAUGCAGUUUACAUAUGUGUAUAUACAGUACAUGUAUAUAUGUGAUAUUUAUGCAAUACAUAUGAUAUGGGCAAUGUUUGCAGUAGAUUUUAUACACAAUCAGCAGCUUACGCCAAUCAAUUAUAAUAAUUAAAAGAAAAAGUUUCGGGCACUGUUGCAAAAAACAUGCAUUGAAUAAUUCAAUUGCCUUCAUUUUACUCAAACCAAUGCUGUGUUUUCCCAGAGUGGUCUAUAGCCCGGCUUUAUUAUUAUUAUUAUUAUUUAUUUUCAUUCAUCAUGAGCAAUUUAAUAUCUAAGGAUGGCCCUACAUAUUUACCUUUCUGAAAAGAAUGUGUAUGUUAGCAUAACAUAUUUCUGUGGUAGAACAAAUGUAUGAGAUGUCGGAAAUAUUUCUCCCAUUCUGAAUGUAACUGUACUACACUACUGCACCCUGGAUCAUUUCUGUAAAAAUAAUUUUUGCCCCCUCCCACGAUAUCCUUACUUUAAUGUUCGUGUGAAUGACAGUUAAAAACUUAAAAAGGGACAAUACUCUUCUUUUUUUUUUUGGUUGUUUUUUAAAAUAUAAAAGUCUUUAUCCACACAUUUGACUUUUCCAAAUGCCAGUGUGCACUUCCAUUAAACUCUUACCACCAUUUACUAGAUUGCUUAGGCUAUUAAAACCACUCCCAUUUCAAUUGGGUGGGGUGAUCUCAGACUCCCUGCUGCUGCUUUAUUCAGAGAGCCAAGCUCUAUGGUUUUGACUUGUUUUGCACUUUAUAAAACGCCUAACAUAUUGUACUCGUAUUGGGUAAUAUGGCCCUUAAACUUUUUCUUUUUGCAACUGGUGCUCAUGCAAAAUUUGGUUGGGUUGGGUGCAGAGGUUUCCAAGUAUACCAAGAACACACCGAUCUUAAUCUUUAUAUGUAAGAUAACAACAUUUUUUUCAAAUGCAAAAAAAAAAAUUGGUACUACACAGGUAAAAGCUAUAAACCUGACAAUUAUGAAGUACUUGGUUAUAUUUUUCAAAGAUUGUACAGAAAAAAGUGUUAUGUAUUAUAAAAUGUCUAAUUUAUCUUUGUAAAAAGUUUUGUUAUUUAAAGAGAACUUUUGUAUGGAAAAAAUUAAACUUUUUGUUUCUUA